UUCAUUAUCUUCCUAAAGAUAGUGCUAUUAGCCUAUUACUUCUUGAUGUAUUAAUUGAUGGUAAAGUAAAAUAAGUUUACUAUGUUUACUAUUUAGUACGUUAUAGACUGAUGGCGAAGGUGGUAUAAAGUAUAAACACAUCAUCCUCUGUAGUGAACUAGUAAUCAGUAAACACAUUCCCUUAAUUGGGCUAGAUAUGGUGAUGGCCCACCGGCUGACCAUUUAUUCGUUUGCGUGAAUUACGAACAUCUUUUCAUCACUUCCAAAUUAAUUUCCCUUAACCCCGGUCUAAACAUGGAACUAAUCUUUUAACUAUACGCAUGCUGUACACUGCACAGUAACUAUAUUAUAAUCACUGUAAAGAUUAGUUUGGUUUUCAGCUCAGACAAGAAUCGUCUAUACACUGUAAAGUUCAAAAAAAAAAAGUUCCGUCUCUCACAAAGUCAAAAAACUUAUUUUCUUUGACACGUCUCUCGGGUUCUCCUUCGAGUAUGAUGACUAAACAUAAAUCUCGAGAUUCCAUAUUAAAAAUUACCAAAAUCUAGAAUAAAUUUAAUAGAAAAUCCGUUCUCUGUUUCUCUGAAACAUACUUUUUGAAAUUCCCAUCUUCUCUGUUUCUCUCUUGGUGUAAGAGAACGCAGCAAAUCCCAUAAAGACAGAAAAAAACGUCUUUAAACGAAAAAGAAGAUUAGAAGCUUCGUAAAAUCGAAACUUUGCUUGUGGGUUUUUCUUCCAGAUAUGGUGCAGUACCACAGAUUAAUCAAAAAAGGAGAAAAACUUAGAGUUGCAGUUGAACAAGGUAAUUCCGGUGAUGCUACCGCCGUCUCCCCUCCAGGAGGCGGAGGAUACUUAAAGAGUGCAAAACAAAAGAUUCUAUCAAUCAUAUUUCUCUCUUUCCUCUGUUGCUGCUACUUCUUCAGCUUCUCCUCUUUCUCUCUCAUAGAUGCUUUUAACAGAGAAGUUGAAGGACUUGUUCCUUAUGAACAGUUCACUGCACCUCUAUGUUCAGGGCUCUCCUAUGGAACAAUUUGUUGUGACAGAACCGGUUGUAGAUCAGACAUAUGUAUCAUGAAAGGAGACGUUAGAACACACUAUACAUCUUCGUCAAUCUUCCUCUUCACAUCCUUCAAAAACAAGUCCAAACCCCCUGAGAAGAUCAAACCAUACACAAGGAAAUGGGAAACAAGUGUGAUGGAAACAGUUCAAGAACUCAAUCUCGUCUACAAAGAUGUCAAUGAUGAACAUCACAACAAGAUCUGCGAUGUUGUGUACCAAAACGUUCCCGCUGUGUUUUUCUCAACGGGUGGAUACACUGGAAACGUCUACCACGAGUUCAACGAAGGAAUCAUCCCUUUGUUCAUCACUUCACAGCAUUUCAACAAGAAGGUUGUGUUUGUGAUCGUUGAGUAUCGUAAUUGGUGGGUUACUAAAUAUAAAGAUAUCCUCUCUCAGCUAUCUGAUUAUCCUCCCGUGGACUUCAAUGGCGACAAGAGAACACACUGUUUCAAGGAAGCUAUCGUGGGGUUAAAGAUUCACAACGAGUUGAGUGUUGACUCAUCGUUAAUGCUUGGGAAUAAAACGAUUCUUGACUUCAGAAACUUGUUGGAUCGUGCUUACUGGCCACGUAUCCGUGGAUUGAUUCAAGACGAAGAAGCAGAGAACAAGACUGGUUUCAAACCUAAACUGGUUAUUAUGUCAAGAAACGGAUCAAGAGAGCUACUUAACGAGAAUCUUCUGGUGAAACUAGCGGAGGAGAUUGGUUUCUUUGUCGAGGUUUUGAGACCGGACAAAACAACAGAGCUGGCGAAAAUCUACAAAUCUUUGAACUGUAGUGAUGUAAUGAUCGGUGUUCACGGAGCUGCGAUGACGCAUUUCCUUUUCUUGAAACCGAGAACCGUGUUUAUACAGAUUAUGCCGUUAGGAACCGAGUGGGCUGCUGAGACUUACUUUGGACAACCAGCUGAGAAGAUGAGGUUGAAGUACAUUGGUUACAAGAUUAAAUUGAAAGAGAGCUCUUUAUACGCUGAGUAUGGUGAAGAUGAUCCUAUAAUUAGAGAUCCAAAGAGUUUUACUAGAAAAGGAUGGGAUUACACUAAGAAGAUUUAUCUUGAGCGCCAAAACGUGACGCUUGAUUUGAAAAGAUUCAUGAAACCGUUGUCUCGUGCUUAUAAGUACUCCAUUAGACGAAACAAGUGAUUUAAUAGUCACUAAUCAGAUAGUAUAUCACCAACCAAA